UAGAGUGCAGUGUGAAACCCCCUCAUGCAGACAGUUUGUAAACAUUAGCGCUGAAGCCAAUUUGCUCGGUUUAUUUUGUUAGUAAAUUUUGGUUUAAGAAGUAAUUUUACACGGUGCACAUGGAUAUAUUAGAGGGGGCAGAAAAUUGAGAUAAGGAACAAAUUAUGUCGUAUUACUAUUAUAACUAUGAUGAACAAAUGGAUGAUGGCGAAAUGGAUUAUGACACUAUAUUUGAGGAGAACCAGCCAAUAUAUUCAUGGGAAAACACAUUCGAAACCUGCAUUAUGCCAUCAACCUUACAAAUUUUGUGGUAUAUGAGUAUUUUAAUUGGUUGGAGUAUCAUCGGACGUUUAGCUCUAGCCGUAUUUUCUCGAAUUCAAACUAAGAAUGACUGGCUACUACACAUAAUUUCUACUUUAGCGGGAAGUAGUGUAUUAAUUAUAACCAUGGGAAAAAAUUCAUUUAUUUUAUUUUUUGUUGCUGGGAUAUCUUACAUGAUUUUGCAUAUUCUACAUCAGUUUGCUGCUUGUAGAAAGAAUAUUGGUGUUAUUAUGGUUAUAUUCACACUUUCGGCACAAAUUGGCUCGGAGCUUAUAUGGAAACAUCAAGUGUCUUGGCAAAUCAUUAAGGGAUCCAUCAUGGUUACGAACAUGAAAAUUAUAUCAGUAGCUUUCGAAAUGGGAUAUUGCGCAUUAAACAGCCGGCAAAAAGUAAUAGUUCCAAAUAUCUUUUCUUUUUUUGGUUAUAUUUUUAUGCCGGCGACUUUGAUAAUUGGUCCUUGGGUUUCUUACAGCUCUUAUUUAUAUAGCAUACGUCCAAAUCCAUCACCAAGACUACAUAUGCAAUGGAUAAUAUGGUGUUCGUUAUGUAGUGUGCUUUCCUUAUGCUUUGUCAAUUUAUCGAAUUGUAUUGUACCAUUGAUAUUUGCAAACAAUACCCCGAUUUGGAUGCGCAUUUUUCGUGACGCGUUCGCUGUACGUUGUAGCCAUUAUUUCGUCAGUUUCUUAUCACAAGCUUCAAUUGCUGCAGGUGGCAUUUCACUAAACAAAGACAUAAAGCCUAAUGCAUGGCUAGGCCACAUGGUCACAGAGCCCUUACAAAUUGAAUUCCCACGUUCACUGAGCACGGUAGUGCGCAAAUGGAAUAUUCCUAUGCAUACCUUCUUAAAGGAACAUAUAUUUCGCGGAAUUUACAAACGUUAUGAUAGCCAAUUACUUGCAAUUUUUGUCACCUAUUUAGUUUCAUCCCUUUUACAUGGCGAAUAUGUGAAGAUAUAUUUAGUAUUAAUCUCAUUAGCAGGUUUUAGUUGUGUGGAAUAUAAGCUUCGGGCUAAACUAGCAAAUGCGUUUAAUGCGUGCAUUACCGCCAAUAAUUGUAGAAAGCCUUGUCGCUUUAAAUAUUGUCCCAGUCAUGGUUGGCUAAGAGAUGGCUCGAUACUAGUAAAAGUAGCAAAUCUCUUAUUUUCCAUACUUGCUAUUUUCCAUUUAGCCUACUUAGGUGCAAUAAUGAAUGAAUCCACGAUGGAAGAGGACGUUCCGGAAGUUAGAAGUUUUGUCGAUCUCACAACUUGGUCGACAGUUAGUUUUUUGAACCAUUGGAUUGCACUUCUUACAUAUCUUCUUUACUUAAUUAUAUAGCAUCAAACAAUCGGCAGAAUUUCGUAUGGAAAAAUGUAUAAUAUUUGUACAAAAUCAUAACAAAAGAGAAAUAUUUUAUGUUAUGCAUUUACAUACAUACAUAUGUAUAACUUUAGAAAUAAGGUUCUUGCUGUACUGAGAUUUCCGACUAAGUAUUUCUAAGAUAAUUUUAUUUUUAAUAUUUCCUAAACGUACGUAGUACUUAAAUAAUGGAUAAGUAGUUGUUUGCAAUAAUUUUUCUAUUGCAAUUGAAUUGUAAUUUUGAAAAUAAAUAUUGUUAGAUAUCCCAUAAGUUUAAUCAAUAAAUAUAUGUACGUAUACGUAUGUAUGUAUGCCAUGUAUAAAAUUCCGAAGAAC